AGUAUCAUUCAGGAAAGAAAGUUAACUUUCCUUCACUCUCAAGUGAUGUAGUGCACGUGGGUGUCGUUUUAUACAACCGGGGUCACAGCUCUCGUAUACAGAAUGGGACUGUUUGAGGUUAUCACUUCCUUCGCUAUCGUCGGCAAGAACUUCAAAACAAACGUCUACAAAUUGAUAGGGGUAGACGACGGAUUCGACCGAUGGAACAGAGGUUUCAUGGUUUUUAUUAGCGUUCUGUUCGGAACUGCAGUGGUUAUGCAUCACUGGAUGUACGACGUCAUCAACUGCUUGGACUUUCAGUCGCCUCCCAACGGGUACCAACCCACUGAGGCGACAUCAAACUUCCAAAGGUUUGCGGAGGAGUACUGCUGGGCGUACGGAAUGUACACAAUAAAAGAAGCUUACGAUCUGGAGAACACCGCUACACCCUUUCCAGGGAUUAUCCCCGAGGAGAUGUCCGUGUGUAUGGAGAGGGAACUGGUGGGGGGAGGUAAAAUUAUUUGUCCUAAAGCUCACGAGAUGAAACCUUUUCAACGGAUAUAUCUCAGGUGGUACCCGAUUGUUUUCUUUUACUUCUGGAUCGGGGCCAUGCUCUAUUUCUUUCCUUGGAGGAUUUACAAGUUGUUGGGAUUACGAGAUCUGAAAGACGUGGUUAUGAUGCUCCAAAACAGACCUCAGUUCGCUGACGAUCUCCCAUAUUACGUGAACCGGGCAGCAAAGUGGCUUCACAACACACUAACAGUCUACGUUGAACAGCGAGACAGUCUCCGCGGUAAAAUACUCCGACAUUGGUACCUCAUCCUGUUAGUCGGGUUUAAAUUCGUGUAUCUUGGUAUCAGUUUAGGGUUGAUGCACUACACCAACAAGAUGCUGAUCACAAACCACAACCACGGUGCGUCCUUCAUGAACUAUGGUCCGCUUUGGUUCUCAGAUGUGACCAACAACACCGCCUCCAGGUUCACCCCAAUACAAAACAAGUUGUUCCCAAAGAUGGUGGCAUGCGAGGUGAAAAGAUGGGGUGUUAGUGGACUGGAGGAGUGGCAGGGCAUGUGUAUUUUAUCUGGAAACGUCCUCUAUCAGUGGUUGUUUCUAUUCUACUGGGGUGCUAUUGUGAUAUCCAUCUUCAUUAACUGUGUGGCUAUUCUCACCAUUCUCUGCUCCGAGAUUCGCCCUAACAUCAGCUACGCUAGGUUCCUAAACUCUACCUACGUUGAGGAUACCAAACAACUCAGGCUUAUCUACCGGAGUAUCGGCUCCUCCGGCCGCAUUAUCCUCAGAGUGAUUGGGAACAAUGUGGAACCAAUUGUUAGUGAGGAGUUGGUUAAGUACAUGGUGAGGUUUAUGAUGGAUCAAGAGGAUGAUCAAGGAGCUGGGGAGGGUGAGGUCGUGAGUCAAAGAUAUAAACAAGUGCCAUUGUUCGAACAGACUUCUAGUGAUCUCCUCGAUAAGUUAGCUUUAAAUGAAACAUAGUUUUAAGCAUUCAAGCUUGUUUCGGUAUUAUUGGUGUUGAGUCAAUAAUACAAAAGCAUGGAGUGUGGAUCAAAUUCAUGAUGUGUUACUGAAGCUGAAAUUUUGUUUCUAAAUUUGACAAUGUUACUUGUAAAAAUGUUACUUCAUAAAAAUAAGCCAAUGC